AUGGCUUUGAAAGAUUACCUUCUUCCAUGUCAUGCUAAGUGUUUUUUGUCAUUGAUGGGUGCAUCUCGUGCGUCCCACCAGCUUGCUGUCUCUGUCAUUGAAAAAUGCAGUGAGAAGAUCGAAGAUAUCGUUUCAGGGUUUUUAAGGUCUUGCAUACUCAACAGAGAUGCUGUGCAGAGUGAGAUCAAGGAAUACUACCAUGAUAUUAUAUAUGAAAUCUUCCAGUGUGCUCCUCAAAUGCUUCUUUCUGUCAUACCUAGCUUGAUGAACGAAUUAUUGACAGAUCAAGUGGAUGUUCGGAUAAAAGCUCUUGGCUUGAUGAAAAGGAUCUUUUCCUUGCCUGGAAACCAUUUUGCGCAGGAUUAUCACCAGCUUUUCGUUGAAUUCUUAAAUAGAUCCUGUGAUAAGUCUGCUGAAGUGAGACUCAUUACACUUUCAUGUGCUAAAGCGUUCUACAUGACCAAUCCAUCUGCAAAAGAAUCACUUAAAGUUCUUGGUAAGAUCAUUACAUCUCAUGUUUUAACUCUUGUGAACCGAGAAGCCGCUCUUCAAGAUCGACUUUUGGAUUCUGAUGACAGAGUGAGAUCAGAGGCAGUUACUGUGAUGUGUGACUUGGCAAGACAUAAGCUAAAAUCUAAUACCCAUGAACUAAUCACACUUGUUGCAGAACGACUGAGAGAUAAAAAGGUUAUGGUGUCUGUCAGAAAGAAAGCAUUGAAAAAGUUGUUAGAACUGUAUCAGGAAUAUUGCACACAAUGUGCUGCUGCAAUCAUGGAUUUCAAUGCUCAUUUUGAACAGAUUCCAUGUAAAAUUUUGAUGCUAUGCUAUGACAGAGACUGUAAGGAGUUCAAGCCUCAGCGAAUGGAGAUUGUGCUAGCUGACUCUCUGUUUCCUGGUUCUCUUUCAGUUGAGGAUAGAACCAGGCGUUGGGUCUUCAUGUUCUCACUUUUUACGCCUUGUCAUCUGAAGGCUUUGAAUGCAAUUUUGUCCCAAAAGCUGAGGUUGCGAAAUGAAUUGCAAGUGUACUUAACUCUCUGCAACAAAGACAAGGAGAAAAUUGAAUUCAUUAAAGCUGAGGCAAUAGAUGCUUUAAUCCUUUCUGGUUUAGCCCAGAAUGCCUGUCUGAUGGCAUUAACUACCCUUCUUGUUUCUAAUUUCUUGGUAGCUGAUGUUGGCAAGACAGACUGCUGUGAGGAAGUCUCUGAAGAAGUAGAAAAGAAAAUGAAAAUGUCCAUUGUGAAAAUGUCAGCAUCUUUUGAGGAUACUACCAAAGCACAAGACUGCUUUCGUAAACUGGAUAUGGUGAAAAACAGUCGAAUAUUUAAUCUGUUGGGAAAGUUGUUAAAUGAACAGAAAACUGAAGAUGCUCAAACCACCAGGGAUAAUCUUUUGAGAGAGAUUGGGGACAAGAAUCCGCAUGCUGAGUUUCUUCAAUUACUCUCUAUGAAAUGCUCAUUCAAUCUGUUUGGUUCAGAGCAUGUGUGCUGUAUUUUACGUCAUCUUGCAGAUGACAGAUUCAGAAAUAAGCAUUUGGAGGACUCUUCUGUUCAACUCCUCUUGACUAUUCUCAGUGCAUUUCCUUCACUCUUGAGAGGUUUGGAGACAGAAUUCCAGCUCUUGUUGUCAAAGGAGAUUAUCCCAUUUAAUGAACGGCUGAUCCAGAUUCUUGCAAAAGAAGGAUCCCAUAUGUUAAUCAACCUUGGUGAUAUAUAUCCGUUUUUAGAGAAGGUUUGCUUGGAGGGCAGUCGUGUUCAAUCUAAAUUGGCUGUUUCUGCAAUUGCUGCAUUGAUGAGCCCUUCAGAGCAGUCCUUAUCAAAAGAAUUAUGCAAGGUGGUGAAAUCUCAUCUUUUUGCUAUGAAACUUGUGGAUUCUCUGCAUCUGGGGAAGCAGCUUCCAACAGUUUUGCAGUCUUUGGGCUGUCUGGCACAACAUUCUGUUUUAGCAUUUCAAGUGCACGAAGAGGUGGUGACCCGUUAUAUCAUUGAGGAAAUAUUUCAACUAAAUUAUGGGGCCAUGUUGGAGGAUCCAAAUUUGUUAGAAAAUGCUUCUUCUGAAUGUAGUGUUUCUUGCCAAUUAAAG